CCAACUCUUCUGGUCAGAUCUCCACAAGGAGCAGACUUUACUUAACUGCUACUGACAACUGAAGGACAGCCACAAAACCACUCUUAAAGAAGCACUUUAUUUCAAUACAAACUUUCCAAUGGGCUUCAAGGAUUCCAAGGUCACGGGAGCUGUCGUACAGAGACGUGACGGCAGGCUGGAGGUGGAGCAGAAGCCUAAGUAGAAACUGAUAGUUGGUCUGUAGGCUCAUAUACCUCUCAAGCAUGGGGCCCUACACAGCCUCUGAUCUACCCAGGCCUCUGCUGGAUCAGCGCAGUGGAACAUUUCUCUAUCCCAGUUGGUAGAGUUCACUCACAACGGAAUAAGUUGGUUGUCUCCUCUGUUAUUUGAGAAGACACUUUGACACCAUCUCUUCCUCUGUGAUUGCAACACUUGCAGCUCUGAGACGUCAAGUCGUCUUCACUUGGGCAGUUUCACUCUGGCUAUGGCUCUUCCGGUCUGUGGAUACAGCAUAUCUUUGUGUUUCAGUUGGACUGAAUGCGGGAUGGAGCUUUAAUGCUGCUGCCAUGAGAGUUUCCUUUCUUGCCUCAGCCAAACGACUUUAACUUCACCUCCCUAUCAUUUUUUGAAGGAUGGAGCUUCACACUUUUAGCUUUGGUUAAACCAGUCUAGCGCCUAGGCCAGACAUUACUGCGAUACUUACUGUCAUGGUGGAGUAGAUGGAUAAUAAAGACAGACUUCUGUGCCUCCAAUCUCCUGCAAGGAAUUACUUUUAUUUGUCAAUCAUGGGAGCUGUGUUUUACACCCUGUAAACUCUUCCAGUGUCCCAAUCCUCCUCCAUCCCAUUGGUUCUUCCCAUUUUACCCACCUCUAUCGAUUGUAUCUGAGUGUCUUUGCCUGGCUGUCUGCACCAUGGAAGUGCCAACUAAAUGGAGCAGGGCUAGUGUCAUCAGCUUCAUCAAGGGCCUCGCCUCUCCAGUGGGACUGAAGCCACCACUCCCAACAGUCAGUGGAACCUUGGGAGAGAGGAAGGGUCCUGUCGUCAUGGCGCCUGUCAACGUGGACCCUGAGAGUAAGCCGGGCGAGUUCGUCCUAAAGAGCCUGUUCGCCAACUUCACCUUGCUCUCGGAACGCAAGAUUCGCAUCAUCAUGGCCGAACCACUGGAGAAGCCACUUAACAAAUCUCUGCAGAGAGGAGAGGACCCACAGUUCGACCAGUUGAUCAGCAGUAUGAGUUCUCUAGCAGAGUACUGCCUGCCGUCUAUCCUGAGGACUCUGUUUGACUGGUACAAGAGGCAGAACGGCCUGGAAGAUGAGUCCCAUGAGUAUCGACCCAGGGCCAACACCAAGUCCAAAAAUGAUGAGCAACAGAAGGACUACUUAUUGGAGAGGAGAGAUCUGGCAAUAGACUUCAUCUUUUCUCUAGUGCUUAUAGAAGUUUUAAAGCAGAUCCCCCUCCAUCCUCUUUUGGAUGGACUCAUCCAAGAAGUUAUAAACUUGGCCUUUAAGCACUUCAAAUACAAGGAAGGGUAUCUGGGACCCAACACAGGCAACAUGCACAUAGUGGCUGACCUCUAUGCUGAAGUAGUGGGCGUUGUAGCUCAGUCCAGGUUCCCAGCAGUGAGGAAGAAGUUCAUCUCCGAGCUGAAGGAGCUGAGACAGAAGGAGCAGAGCCCCUACGUCAUUCAGUCCACCAUCAGCCUGAUCAUGGGACUCAAGUUCUUUCGCAUCAAAAUGUACCCGGUGGAAGACUUUGAAGCCUCCUUCCAGUUCAUGCAGGAGUGUGCACAGUAUUUCUUGGAAGUAAAGGAUAAAGACAUCAAGCACUCAUUGGCUGGGCUCUUUGUGGAGAUACUUGUACCUGUAGCUGCUACUGUGAAGAAUGAGGUGAAUGUGCCUUGUCUUCGAAAUUUCGUAGAGAGCUUGUACGAUACCACGCUGGACCUGUCCUCUAGGAAGAAACACUCUCUGGCUCUGUAUCCUCUGGUGACCUGCCUGCUGUGUGUCAGUCAGAAGCAGUUCUUCCUCAGCCGCUGGCACAUUUUCCUCAACAACUGUCUGUCAAACCUCAAGAAUAAAGACCCCAAGAUGGCACGUGUAGCUCUAGAAUCUCUCUACCGCCUGCUGUGGGUCUACAUGAUCCGAAUAAAGUGCGAGAGCAACACUGGAACGCAGAGUCGCCUGACGUCCAUCACCUCCACUCUAUUCCCCAAAGGGAGUCGCAGCGUUGUGCCCAGAGACAUGCCCCUUAAUAUUUUUGUCAAGAUUAUCCAGUUUAUAGCUCAGGAGAGACUGGAUUUUGCCAUGAAGGAGAUCAUAUUUGACCUGCUGAGUGUUGGGAAACCUGCCAAAGCCUUCAGUCUCAACCCAGAGCGUAUGAACAUCGGUCUGCGGGCGUUCCUGGUGAUAGCAGAUGCUCUGCAGCAAAAGGACGGGGAGCCUCCUAUGCCCAACACAGGAGCCACUCUGCCCUCCGGAAACUCGCUGAAGAAGAAGAAAACUUAUCUCAGCAAGACGCUGACUGAAGAGGAAGCCAAACUAAUAGGCAUGUCCUUGUACUACUCCCAGGUGCGAAAGGCUCUGGACAACAUCCUUAGACACUUGGACAAGGAGGUGGGACGUUGCAUGAUGCUCACCAGCGUCCAGAUGCUCAACAAAGAACCAGAGGACAUGAUCACUGGUGAAAGGAAGCCUAAAAUCGACCUGUUCCGGACAUGUGUGGCUGCUAUUCCUCGCAUCCUUCCUGAUGGCAUGUCCAAACCUGAGCUCAUUGACCUGCUCUCACGACUUACAGUGCACAUGGACGAUGAGCUUCGUCUUAUUUCCCAGAACUCCCUGCAGAGCCUAUUACUGGAUUUCUCAGACUGGAGGGAAGACGUCCUGUUUGGUUACACGCAUUUCCUUCUGCGUGAGGUCCAAGACACCCAUCAGGGUCUGCAGGAUGCAUCUGUGAAGCUCCUUCUCCAGCUGCUCACGCAGUGGAGGCUAGCUCUGCAGCUCCAGGGGAAGAUGCGAGGCGGAGUUGAGGCCAGCCCCAGACUGCCAGAGCGAAGCCCUCAUUGCUCAGUGCUACAUGCCGUUGAGGGCCUGGCUCUGCUGCUCCUCUGCUCAUGUCAGAUCAGCACGAGGAAGCUGGCGGUCGGUGUGUUAAGAGAAAUACGUUGCCUCUUCACAGCUCUGGGACAUGCUGAGGAUGAUGAUAAACCCAUGAUAGAGGUCAUGGAUCAGCUGAGCCCAGCUGUAAUGGACAGCUUUGUUCAUGUGGCUGUCUCUGACUCGUCCACCCUGCCGCUCAGCCACCACGUUGACCUGCAGUGGCUGGUGGAGUGGACAGCUCGCCUGGUUAGCAGUUCCUAUGACGUGAAGAGCCCUAGCCACGUCUGGAUCUUUGCCCAGUGCUUGAAGGACCCGUGGGUGCUCUGUCUGCACAUCUUCUUGCGGCAGGAGCACCUGCCCAAACACUGCCCCGUCGCCCUGGGAUACGCCUGGCCCUACGUUUUCACGCGGCUACAGCUGCUACUGCCACUGGUUGACCCCAACAGCCCAGUGAAUGCUAAGAAGACCAGUACGGCAGGCUCCAGCGACAGCUACAUCUCACUGUGGCGUAACUACCUGAUCCUGUGUCUAGGUGUGGCUAAGCCAAGCAUCAUGUCCCCCGGUCAUCUUAGAGCUUCAACACCAGAGAUUACAGCGACCACGCCCGAUGGCAGUGUCACCUACGACAACAAGGUGAUAGGCACUCCCUCAGUAGCCUGGCUUUUGAAACAGCUUGUCCCGCUGAUGAGAGCUGAGAGUCUGGAGAUCACAGAGUCUCUGGUGCUGGGGUUUGGAUGCACAAAUGCUCUGGUCUUCAGGGAGCUAGUUGAAGAACUCCAUCCAUUGAUGAAGGAAGCACUGGAACGUAGGCCUGAGAACAAGAAGCGCAGAGAGAGGAGGGAUCUUCUCAGGCUGCAGCUGCUGAGGAUCUUUGAACUGUUGGCCAAUGCAGGAGUUAUCAGUGACAGCACCAACGGAGCACUGGAGCGUGAUUCCCUGGCACUGGGUGCCUUGUUCCUUGAGUAUGUGGAUCUAACCCGGAUGCUUCUGGAGGCCGAGAAUGAGAAGGAGCUGGACGUGCUUAAAGACAUCAGAGCCCAUUUCAGCGGGAUGGUGGCCAAUCUCAUCCAGUGUGUUCCUGUCCACCACAGGCGCUUCCUCUUCCCUCAGCAGUCUCUGAGACACCAUCUCUUCAUCCUCUUCAGCCAAUGGGCUGGACCCUUCAGUGUCAUGUUCACUCCCCUCGAUCGUUACAGUGACCGCAACCAUCAGAUCACUCGCUACCAGUACUGUGCUCUCAAGGCUAUGUCAGCAGUGCUGUGUUGCGGCCCAGUGUUUGACAACGUGGGUCUCUCUACUGACGGCUAUCUCUACAAAUGGCUGGACAACAUCUUGGCCUGCCACGACCUACGGGUGCACCGUCUGGGGUGUGAGGUGGUGAUUCUGCUCUUAGAACUGAACCCAGACCAAAUCAAUCUAUUCAACUGGGCCGUGGACCGCUGCUUCACUGGAUCUUACCAGCUGGCAUCUGGCUGCUUCAAGGCCAUCGCCACUGUCUGCGGUAACAGGAAUUACCCAUGUGACCUCGUGACCUUGCUCAACCUGGUGCUGUUCAAAGCCUCAGACACCAGCAGAGAAAUAUAUGAGAUAUCCAUGCAGCUGAUGCAGGUGCUGGAGUCUAAGCUGUGUGCGUACUCUAAGCGGAUGGUGGAGCAGAAGCCUGGUAAUAUUUUGUAUGGCACACACGGCCCCCUGCCUCCCCUUUACAGCGUCAACCUGUCUCAACUCUCCAUCCAGCUGGCCAGCAUGUACCCAGAGCUCACUCUGCCUCUUUUCUCAGAGGUGAGCCAGCGUUUCCCAACCAGCCACCCCAACGGCAGACAGAUCAUGCUAUCCUACCUGCUGCCCUGGCUUAGUAACAUUGAGCUAGUGGACACGGGGCUUCUACCCCCUGCCUCAAGCCCCUGCACACCCGAAGAGGAACCUCGCGGUCAGGCACAGGGCAUGGGUUUGUCCCCGAGUCUGAGAGGUAAUGGCUGGGGCUCCCUGCAGGCGACCUCGUUGGUGCUCAACAACCUCAUGUUCAUGACUGCUAAGUAUGGAGACGAGGUUCCUGGCCCAGAGAUUGAGAACGCCUGGAACGCUCUGGUGUCCAAUGAAAGGUGGAGCAACAACUUACGGAUCACCCUGCAGUUCCUUAUCAGCCUAUGUGGAGUCAGCAGUGAUACCACACUGUUGCCUUAUAUCAAGAAGGUGGUAAUCUACUUGUGUCGCAACAACACGAUCCAGACUAUGGAGGAGCUCCUGUUCGAGCUGCAGCAGACUGACCCAGUCAACCCAGUGGUCUUGCACUGUGACAACCCUCCCUUCUACCGGUUUGCUGCCAGCAACAAAGCCUCCACCUCACAGACAGGCACCACCUCCAGCAGUAACACUGUGGUGGCUGGUCAGGAGAACCUGCCAGACACAGAUGAGAACAAGUUGGUUAGAGAGGAAGAGCGGAGGGCGAGGGCUCACAACAGACUAGAGUCUCGCUACAGCAACAGCUCUGGAGGCUCCUACGAGGACGAAAAGACUGACCCGCUCCCGCCAUAUGCUGGUUGGCUACUGAGUGUUCUGGAAACCAACCGUCCUCAGCCGUUACCCAUGCCCGUUAACGGAGGCUGCUGGGCUCCUCUGGUUGACUACCUCCCCGAAACCAUAACGCCUCGAGGACCACUGCACAGGUGUAACAUUGCAGUGAUCUUUAUGACUGAAAUGGUGGUGGACCACAGCGUGAGAGAAGACUGGGCUUUGCACCUGCCCCUGCUACUACAUGCCCUCUUCUUGGGCCUGGACCACUACAGACCAGAGGUCUAUGAACACAGCAAACGCCUCCUUCUCCACCUCCUCAUUGCCCUCUCCUGCAACAACAACUUCCAGGUAAUAGCCUCAGUUCUGAUGCUGACGAGAGAGAUUAGCGACAACAAGACCCUCACCAUUAAGUCCAGCUACCACACAGAGUACCAGCAGUCACAUGCACCUGACUUCCUGCGAGAGUGGCAGGCUUCUCCAGUGGUGGACUCUGGCCUCAGCUCCACCUCCAACUCGUCCUCUGCCAGUCUGGGUGGCGGCAGCACUGCGGGCAGUGUUGGAAAUUUGCCCCUUGUAACACCCGAUGACCUGGAGGAUCUUGAAGAUACGCCCAAUGAGACAGAUGAAAAGACAAGCAAACUCAUUGAGUUCCUCUCCACCAGAGCGUUUGGGCCGCUGUGGGUGCAUGAGGACAUCACACCGAGGAACCCCAACUCCAAGAGCACGGAGCAACUCUCCAACUUCCUACGCCAUGUCAUCUCUGUCUUCAAGGAGUCCAAGUCUGACUUCCACCUGGAGCAGGAGCUGAGUGAUGUGGCUUUACAGACAGCCCUGUGCAGCUCCUCACGUCACUAUGCUGGGCGCUCUUUCCAGAUCUUCAGGGCCCUCAAACAGCCAAUCAACAACCACGCUGUCUCUGACCUGGUCUCACGACUGGUUGAGGUGGUGGGAGAACAUGGAGAUGAGGUUCAGGGCUAUGUGAUGGAGGUACUGUUGACGCUGGAGUCAGUGGUGGUGAAUCUAGCAGAGUGUCUGAAAAACAGCGACCUUAUGGCAGCUCUGACCAGGACGUCCUCACCAGACUUUGUGACUAGUGACAAACUGAUGAACAGAAAGAGCACAGGUCAGUUGAACUUCCCUGGCCCCGGAUUCGUUGGUCUGUCGUCACAACGCCAUCAGCGCUCCUACUCGGUCCCCAAGAAGUUUGGCGAGUGUGGCAACCAGUUGAGUGAUCCUCCUCGCAGUGCAACUCUGGAUCGCAUACAGGCCUGCAACAGUCACGGCCUCACCCGGACAGGAAGAACCCCUGGCUCCUGCACGUCAUCAACCAAUCGUAUCGAUCCCAGUGUUCUAUCAGAUCCUGCCCAUGUUUCCCAUCCUUCAACUAUACUGGCCACAGUCUUCUGGGUAGCGGUGUCACUCAUGGAGUCAGACUUUGAGUUUGAAUAUCAAAUGUCACUUCGCCUGGUUCACAAGCUGUUGUCAAAGGUCCCCUUGGACAGAGCAGAGAACCGCGAGCGCCUAGAGAAGCUGCAGGCUCAGCUGAGGUGGAGCGGAUUCUCGGGGAUUCAGCAGCUUUUGUUAAAGGGUUUUACCUCCCAGGCCACUUCUGACCUCACCUUACAGCUCUUCUGCCAGCUCACGCCAGUCUCCCGUGUGCCUGUCGUCGACAGCUCACAGUCUAUAGGUUUCCCUCUGAAUGUGCUGUGUCUGCUGCCUCACUUGGUGCAGCACUUUGGCCACCCAACUCAGUUUUGUAAGGAGAGCGCUGAGAGGAUUGCACAGGUGUGUUUGGAGGAGAAGAACACGAAGCUGUCCCAUUUGGCCCAUGUGAUGACUCUCUAUAAGACACGUUCCUACACACGGGACCCUUUCUCCUGGGUCAGUGUGGUGUGUCGCUACCUCCAUGAGGCUUUCUCCAACAUCACACUCAACAUGGUCACCUAUAUGGCUGAGCUGCUGGAUAAGGGCCUUCCCAGUAUGCAGCAGUCUCUCCUCCAGAUCAUCUACUGUCUGCUCAGCCACAUGGACCUGACUGCUGUACAAGUCAAACAGUUCAAUGCCGAUGUCAUGAAGACCAUUGAGAAGUUUGUCCAGACAGUACACUGGAAAGAUGCUUUGAACAUCUUAAAGCUGGUGGUGUCACGCUCUGCCAGCCUAGUUCAUCCGGUGUACGGCCACACGCAGGGUGACCUUUCCAACCUAGAGGUCAGCCGGGUGUGGGACGGUUCAGCCAAGGCUCUGCCUGGGAAAACACUGGACUUCACUUUUGACAUCUCUGAGACUCCAGUGAUUGGGCGUCGGUUCGACGAGCUCCAGGGUUCAGGGGGUAGAGAGGGGAAGGCCAGAGCCAUGGCUGUUACCCGCAGUACUUCCUCCACUUCCUCUGGAUCCAACUCCAACACCAUCCUGGUGCCCGUCAGCUGGAGGCGACCACAGUCAUCUCAGAAAAGAACCAGAGAGAAGCUGGUGAAUGUUUUGUCUCUUUGUGGACAAGAAGUCGGACUCACCAAAAACCCAUCUGUGAUCUUCUCAUCCUGUGGUGACUUGGACAUGAUGGAGGUGCGGGAAAGUGGCGUGUCAUCAGAGGAGGGGGAACCCGAGGACACGCUAGAUGACACUGCCAGUGAGCAGCAGUUUAGGGUUUUCCGAGACUUUGACUUCCUGGACGUGGAGCUGGAGGACGGAGAGGGCGAGACCGUCGAUAACUUUAAUUGGGGUGUGCGUCGGCGAUCUCUGGACAGUACAGAGCUGGGUGACCUGUUAGAGGAGAGCCAGCACUCAGGCAGCACCCCGAGUCUGGGUCAUGAGGACCCCCACGACUCGGACGAGUCGUCAGAGGAGGAGGAGUCUUCAACAAGCCAGAGCCUCUCUCACUCUCAGCUUACUAACCCCUCUCCAUCAGAGGAGACCAAUCACACUGAUUCUUUAUCCACUUCUUAUGACACAUCUGCCGACCCACAGUCCUUCAAUGCCACCACACCUGGCCAGGGAGCCCUCCAUGAUGAACACAGUGGCCUACAUGUGAGGGUGUGUGGUGAGGACGAGGACACUCAGGCCCAGGACGACGAGCUGUCAUUGAGCGCCAACGAGCUCCCUCACGGCUCAGACUGCGGGGAGAGCUUCACCCUGGAGUUGCCGGGGCAGCCUCAGGAUCAGCUGCCCAAUCUGGACCACAGCCUCAACCCAGACUACUGCCAGCCACCGCUGGACUUUUUAGACCCUAACUGCCUACCCAGCCUACGUGAUGAUGUAGAUGACCUGGAAGACCUUGGUUUUCCACCACCCCCCUCUCCAUUUUUCUCCGCCAUAUUGGCAGCCUUCCAGCCCACAGUGUGUGACGAUGCUGAAGAGGCGUGGCGUUGUCAUAUCAGCCAACUUGUGACAGACUCAGAUGGGUCCUGCGCUGUCUACACUUUUCAAGUCUUCUCAUCUCUCUUUAAGAACAUCCAGGGUAAAUUCUGCACAUUGACAACUGAUGUUGCCACUUACCUUGGAGAGGGCUUAAGGGGCAUUGGAUCAAAGUUCCUCAGGUCCUCACAGAUGCUAACCACAUGCUCAGAUUGUCCCACAAUCUACAUUGAUGCCGAUACGAUCAUGUCCUAUGGUCUCCUUGAAAAGAUGAAGUUCAGUGCGCUGGAGCUGCAGGAAUACCUGGAUACCUACAACACCAAAGAGGAGGCUGCUGUAUCGUGGCUGAGGAACUGUAAGGACACAUUUCCCAGGUGUCCUGGUGACAGUGUAGUUACCUGCCAGCCUGGAGACUCAGAGGAGAAGCAAAUGGAGUCUCUUGCACAACUGGAGCUUUGUCAGCGACUCUACAAGCUGCACUUCCAGCUUCUCCUACUCUUCCAGUCCUACUGCUCGCUCAUUGGUCAAGUUCAUGCCAUCAGCUCUGUGCCUGAGCUGCUGAACAUGUCUCGAGAGCUCACUGAUCUGAAGACCAGCCUGCAGGCAGCAGAGGCAGCUGUGGCCAGCGACCUGGAGCACAAACACUUGGCCCACACUCACGCACAUGCCACCCAGGUGGCGGCCAUGGUCGUGCCCAGCUUCCCCACCUCAGAGGCAGCUGUGCAGGCCAUACUGGAGUGCCUUAAGAACCACGAGUUCACCAAAGCUGUGCGCUACAUCCAGGAGUGCAGGAGGCAGUGGCCCAACGGAGUGUUCGGUGGCAGCUCAGAGAGCGAGGUCCAGACGCUGCUCAAUAUCUACUUUCGCCACCAGACGCUGGGCCAGACGGGCACCAUUGCCCUGGUCGGUUCCCGCCAGGACCUCAGCCUGAUCUGCUCCAAGCUGUUGGAACUCAACGGGGAGAUCCGCGACAUGAUCCGCCGCGCCCAGGGUUACCGGGUUGUCACAACCUACCUCCCCGACUCCAGCGUCUCCGGGACCAGCCUCUGACAGGACCUCAGGAGCCCCCC